AUAUUUUGAUGGGCACAAAGGAACAAAGUCAAUUGAUGCAAUCAAUACCAGAUGACAUUUGCUGGCACUCCAACAACUUCUCGUUCAAUUCCAUUUCAUGCCAUCUAAUUUAACUUAAUCCAAAGGGAACAUCCUCCCCUAUUUCACGGCGGCGCUGUUGGUGCUGGUGGUGGUGCUCCUCCUUCUCCUCCUCUCAUAAAACUUCCUAAACCCAAAGCUUCGAUUAAACACUAAUGGGUGCUGCUUCAUCUGUUCCUGAACAUUCGUUUCAUCAAUUUACAGUCAAGGAUAGCAAAGGGAAGGAUGUGGAUCUUAGCAUCUACAAAGGGAAAGUUGUUCUUGUUGUUAAUGUUGCUUCUAAAUGUGGAUUUACAAAUUCAAACUACCCAAAGUUGACGGAGCUUUACGAAAAGUAUAGAGCUAAAGGUCUGGAGAUCUUGGCAUUUCCUUGCAAUCAGUUCCUGAAACAAGAGCCAGAUUCUAGCGAGAAAGUGGAAGAAUUUGCAUGCACAAGGUUUAACGCCACAUAUCCCAUCUUCCAGAAGAUUCGUGUUAAUGGACCAAAAGCAGCACCUGUGUACAAGUUUCUGAAAGCAAAUAAAGGGGGAUUUCUUGGGUCAAGAAUCAAAUGGAACUUCACCAAGUUUCUAGUGGAUAAAGAAGGCAGAGUCAUAGGUCGUUAUGGGCCAACUACUUCACCAUUAUCCAUUCAGGGAGAUAUUCAGAAAGCAUUGAAUGCAGAGUGAAAUGUAGCUGAAGAAGGGUAUUAUGGGUAUGUACACCAGAAUUCAUAGCCAAUGUAAGAAAGACAUAUGAGAUGGUAAUAGUGAUAUAGGAAUACCUUGGGUAAUUUGUAGUUAUGAGAUGUUGAGUUUUUUAGCGCUUGUUUUUGGUUGUUUUCAAGGAUAUGGAAAUUAAUGCAAAUAUUGACCCUUGUGUGGUGGCAACGUGUAAGUUAGUGUAGCAUUUUUUUUGUAAGGAAACAGUUCUUUGCUGAAAGUAUUUACAAUUCCUAUUAAAAAAAAUGUUUUUUA